UGGCACUGUGAGGUCACAGCUACGUCGCAUCCAUAGGGACCGUCCACGAUUGUUCCCGGGGUUACUUUAUAGCACGUUCUCUAUGCGUCAAUAAAGGGGUCCUUUUUAGUCACGGUGGACGGAAGGCGAGCGGUCUGUUGCAAGGCAAAGCCUGACCACGACUUUGGGACUGUUUUCCAGAGGACCAGACGACUGGGAGAACUACAAUAGCAACCCCACUCUUUGUGGGAGAGAGCCCCCCUCCUCUCCCUUCCCUCCGCAGCUCUGAACAUCGCUCUUUCCACCGCUCUUUCCACUCCACCCCUCUUAGGUUGGGUCCCGCAGAGCUUUACCUCGCUUGUCGAUUUUUUUCACCACUGCGGUGAGUGUGUGUGUGUGUGAAGUCUGUGAGCUGACACAGAAAUACCCUUAUGGUAACCGCCUCAGUCAUACAGCUGACAUGUAAAUCGACUUGCCAGCCGGCUAUCAAAACCGAGCCAGACAUUGAAGACAUACGGCAAAUAAAGACACCCGCCUCAAGAGAAGCACUCCACCAUCCAUCCACCUCUGCAGUUCAGUCCUCUCCGGAAAAUCUUUCCACCUGCCGACACAUCUUAUAUGACCGUCUCAAAGAUGACAUGGCGUCCUCAGUAUCGCAGCUCCAAGUUCCGCCACGUGUUCGGUAAGGCCGCCACCAAGGAGAACUGCUACGAUGGCGUGCCCAUCACGCGGAGCGUCCACGACAACCACUUCUGCGCCGUCAACCCGCGUUUCAUUGCCGUCAUCACAGAGUGCGCCGGAGGCGGAGCCUUCCUGGUCCUCUCUGUCCAUCACACAGGGAAGGUGGACCCCCUUCACCCCAAAGUGUCAGGCCACAGAGGUAACGUACUGGACAUCAAAUGGAACCCCUUCAACGACUUCUGUAUAGCAUCCUGCUCGGAGGACUCCACGGUGAAGGUGUGGGACAUCCCUCCCCAUGGUGUGCUGAAGAACCUGACGGUGCCGUGGAAGGAGCUGCAGGGUCACAGCCGUAGGGUGGGCCUCAUCGAGUGGCACCCUACUGCUAACAAUGUGCUCUUCAGCACUGGCUAUGACUACCAGGUGAUGAUCUGGAACCUGGACAGCCCUGAGGCGGUGAUAAAGAACCCGGUGCGGACCAUCAGCCACCACACUGACGUGGUGCUCUCCAUGUCCUUCAAUACCGAUGGCAGCAGGCUGGCCACGUCCUGCAAGGACAAGAAGAUCAGGGUUCUAGAGCCACGCACUGGGAACCUGCUACAGGAGGCCAACUGUAAGAACCACAAAGCCAGCAAGGUGCUGUUCCUGGGGAACCUCAAGAUGCUGCUGUCCACCGGCAGCUCCCGCUGGAACCACAGACAGAUGGCCCUCUGGGACCAGGAGGACCUAGAUGUGCCUUUGUUACAGGAGGACCUAGAUGGUUCGUCUGGGGUGCUCUUCCCUUUCUACGACCCAGACACACACAUGCUCUACAUAGCAGGGAAGGGUGAUGGUAAUAUCCGGUACUAUGAGAUCAGCUCAGAGAAGCCCUACAUGCACUUCCUCACAGAGUACCGCUCACACACUCCUCAGAAAGGAAUGGGUAUCAUGCCAAAGAGAGGCCUGGACGUGAGCUCCUGUGAGGUGUUCAGGUUCUACAAACUGGUGACGAUCAAGGCCCUCAUCGAACCCCUCUCCAUGAUCGUACCUCGCAGGUCGGAGUCGUACCAGGAUGACAUCUACCCCAUGACGGCGGCGAGCGCGGCCGCCAUGUCGGCCGAGGAGUGGCUUAGCGGCAUUGACAAAGGCCCGUUGCUCCAGUCUCUGAAGCCUGGGAGUCGAGUACCGGACUCCUACCCGGAGCUGAGCUCCGGCCUGGGCAGUAAGGGGCUGGGCAACUCCCUGGGCACUCGGAGGUCCCAGAGCCGACCAGGCCAACUGCAGCUGGCGUACAUCCAGGACCAGCUUGGCAACAAGGAGUGCAGGAGUAAGACGUCUGUCAGCAAUGGACAGGACCCCACGCUCUGCUCGCCUCCCAAAACAGAGAACGAGGUAUGGGGCGGUUUCGAUCUGCGUCUGAAGUUCCACAAGCAGCAGGAGGAGAUCCGGCGUCUGCGGGAGAUGCUCAACCAGAGGGACGUACGCAUCAAGCAGCUGGAGCUGGAGAUCAACAACGUGAGGAAUUCCCAGGACUCGCACUGAGAAGAGGCUCCUCUUGCCCCCCUCCCCCGUCGUACCAAGCCACCCUCACCUCUCCCUGGAUUACUCUCUGACCACCCCCUCCCCUGCUCUCUCACCCUGGGGGUCUCACUGUAAUUAACACCCCUCGACCCCCACCUUCCUUACCCGAAAGACAAGGGCCCUUCCCAGGGGCCUCGCUGUCUCAUCGCAGAACACUAUCUGUCUAUGUGGAUCGGUCAAAGCCUCACCAGGGCUUCUCAUGCCCCCCAUAUAUGUACAUACACCCAUAGACUCUCAGUCACUCCUCAAUAUGUAUCAUAUUUUAAUGCUACUGCAUCAACAUACAUGCAAGCCGCUUGUCCCUCUCCCUGCUCCUCUCCCCAAAGUCAGUUCCUUUUUCCUUUUGUACACUUCAGAGCUAUGCAAGUUUGAUGUAUUUUAGUUUUGUUUUUGUGGUACAAAAAAAACAUGUUUAUGCCCUUUUUUAUUUGAAAACGAAUGAAAAUAAGAUGGACGUGCCUGUCUUUAAAAGAUGCUGUGGUUGUCUGCUGGUUAUAUUUGAAUGUUGUCCGGAUGGGAGCAGAUGUCACACAUGAUUGUAAGAUACACUGAAUUGAUUUCCUAUGCCUUGUGAUUUUGCAUAUUUAAACAACUGUACAUGGAUGGAUGCUGGUGGAGAUGUCUGCGGUGAUAUCUAGAAUGACAGAGUAUAUGUGUGGGUGAGAGAGAGAGAGAGAGAGAGGGGGAAAGAGACGUGCGUCAUUUUGUAUAUAUUGAGUCAAUUUGGCUCUUUUGCAUUUAAAGGUAGACUCAGCGAUAUGACGUAGAUGCAGAAAGUAAACAUAGUGGGUCAAUUUCCACAACAACUAAGGGCGUUGAAGCGCGAGGCGAAACUUCUCCGCUUCAUUUUGUCCCGCUACCGUUGUGUGAACAGCGUGAAUGCGAACCCGUGCACAUGCGCCGAUACAGUGUGUGACUGUGUGAGAACGAAGUCUUGCAUCUCACUCGUCACAAUAUCUGCGGUGCUGCUCGUGGCAACGUCAUUUCACUGAGUCCAACUUUAAUGAAGCUGCGUUUUGUUUUAAUGACUGGUAAACUGGUGAAAGAUCAAGCAACUGAAAGAACAAUCGUUGCCCAGCAGCUUUUAAAUACACCAUUUAUUUUUUCCCGAAAGCAGCACAGGGAAUCUCACUUGUCGUUUUUAAAAUUGCAUUUAUUUAUUCUGUUUUUUUAAUUUGUUGACCAAAAAAAAGGUAGUAUGGAAUGAUGACCAAUUACAGAGGCAUGUUUUCACACCAGUGGCCACAGCCAUGCUUCAGACACACCAUUGAGUAUGUCUAACACUAUCAGAUAACACACACACCACAUCAUGUAGGGAGUGGGUUGGUAGGCCACACAAGGUUUUACUGUUUGGUGCUGGUCCAUCCGUUUUCAUUGUUCCGAAGCCACUGUGUAAAAGUAGGAAUGAUUGUUUUAAAAAAGGGAUUGAAUGAACCUCAAAAAGCCAUUGUGUAAUAUAUGACUUAACAGGGAACUUGAUAACUGUGUUGUUAAUGUGUAAGUGCUGACCCAAGGGAUUGGGUUGUCUCUUGAAAACAACAGAGGAAACUGUAAAAGGGAAUAUAUGUGUUUGGAGCAGGCUCAUUUGUUCAGGAUAACACUAAGCCUUUGUUUUUGAUAUGAUGUCCAUUGCUUUUGUGAUGCACUACAGAGGAGGCUGGUUGGAGGAUCUGUAGGAGGACAUGCUCAUUUUAAUGGCUGGAAUGGAAUGAAUGUAACAGAGUCAAACAUUUGUGUUUGAUAUCAUUCCAUUUAUUCCAUUCCAGCCAUCACAAUGAGCCCAUCCUCCUAUAGCGCCUCCCGCCAGCCUCCUCUGCAAGUACUUGGUGGUUCAUAAUAUUUUGAAAUGGAAAUACUAUGGCAAGAAAUGGGAUUGGAACUGCUCUGUAAUUGUGCAUCAUAAUAUGUUAGUUAGACAAUCAGAGACCCACUGCCCCUGUCCAAAGAAAUGCAAGAGGUCAACGUUUGACUGUAUUUAAAUAGCAACAUUUUACACAAGCACGGCACACAUACGCCAAAAUAUAAUUGUGAGCUAUUCAACACUUGUGAGCAGGCAUCUAGAGAAGACAUCCCCUAUUCCCAUAGAGAACCGUGGUCAAAGAGCAGCAUGAGGGCAAGCCAACCAUUGUCACCGCUAGUAUAGAUUUAUUAAUAAAACAUUAACAUGUAACUGCAUAUGCUUGGAUAAUAUUGCACUAAGUGGGCCAGGGCACCUGCAAUGUGUUUGGUUUUAGCCUUAUUUGUCAGCUCAUAAAUGCUAUUGUAUGUAGGCCACUGUAGCUCAGUCAGAGUAUUGCCAUUUGAAGGAUAAUAUUUCUAAAUGGUACUUGACUGAAUGGAGUCACUACUUAGCUAAUGGCACCUUAGGGAAGACAGUCUCAGAAACAAUCCGGAAAGCGACUGUUAUUGUAAUCCAGAUGGUCAUUGUGGAGUGCAUGUAGUCUAUCUUGUCCAGCUAGCUUGGCAUGUGUACUUUAGCAAUAAGUCUCUCGGUCUUUUGUAGACCUUUUGCAUUUACUGCCAACUACAAUGGCUAGAUAUCUGGCAAUCACAUCCCUGUACUACUACUUUGGUGCUUGGGCCUCUUUAAGCAUUGUAGACUUCACCGACUGCUGUAUCCCAUUUUUCUUCAGAAAAGAUACGGUCAAGACCAAAUCACAAAGUCCAUUCCAGGGACUUGAUGGCAUUUUAAAUCCCCAAACUGUGUGUGUGUCCCAUUUACAUUUUUACAGAAGCAAUAUUUUAGCAGUAGAAAGAGCAGUAGUUUGAGGGACAUACACUACGAUCACUAGCAUUAUCUUGCUCAUUGGAAACUGUAUAAGGACAUCUGUAUAAAUAAGUUGAAAAUGGAGGGUUUCUGCUGGGCAAUAUCAUGACUGAGCCUUACUGUGCCUAAGAAUCAAGCUGCAAUUUGAGUUUUCUUUUGUAUAGGUAUUAUGAUGUCUUUCAGAACAAAUAUUAUUAUUAGUGUUCACACAACUCACAAAUACAGUGAACAAUUUAUGAAAUGAUUCUAAUUUUGUUCCUGUUAUGUUUAAUAUUGUUUUUAUAUAUAUCAAGAACUACAUCAGGUGUAGAGAAUAAAAAAAUAGGUGAAAACAUUACUUUGGAUAA